AUGGCUACCAACCUCCCUGCCAAUUUCUCAUUGCCGGCCUCAGCGGCAUCUGGGGCACUGAGCUUUGAUGUUAUCAUCAUCGGUGCUGGCAUAUCUGGCAUAAAUGCAGCCUAUCGUCUUCAAAGCCAAGGCCCGUCUGGCCUGAAAUAUGUCAUUCUCGAAGCUCGGGACUCCAUGGGAGGCACUUGGGAUCUAUUCCGUUAUCCGGGAAUCCGAUCGGAUUCCGACAUAUUCACGUUCGGCUUCCCUUGGAGCCCAUGGAAACACCCUGAGUCUCUUGCAGCUGGAGACAAGAUCAAAGAAUAUCUCAUUCAGUCAGCUCAAUCCGCCGGUAUAGACCAGCACAUUUGUUAUCACCACAAGGUUGAGGCGGCGAACUGGAACUCGACGACACAAAGCUGGGCGUUGAAUGUUAAAGUGUCUGGUGAGGCGAGUCCUGUGGUGUUUCACUCUCGCUUCAUGCUCCUCGGCACUGGCUAUUACGACUAUGAUUCCCCACUGCAGACAACGAUCCCAGGCAUCGAGAACUUCCGAGGCAAAGUCAUCCAUCCCCAAUUUUGGCCUGAGGACUACGACUACACGGGCAAGGAUGUCGUCAUAAUCGGAAGUGGAGCUACUGCCAUCACCAUCCUCCCAUCGAUUGCUGACAGAGCCAAACGCGCUACUAUGCUACAGAGGAGCCCUGGAUACAUCUUCUCUUUGCCUUCCAACAGCUUCUUCACAAGAUUGCUUUUUGCCAUUUUGCCUGCUACAGUGGCACAUUUCUUCAACAGGCUUAUCUGGCUAUUUCGGAGCUACCUGACAACUGCAUUAUGCAGGUCUUGCCCUGGACUUGCCAAGAUGAUCAUCAAGCGGGUGACAAUCCAGCAGCUGCCUCCGGAUGUCAAAUGGGACCCAAACUUCAAACCCCGGUACAACCCAUGGGAGCAGCGAUUCUGCGCUUGCAUGAACGGGGAUUUCUUUGCAGCUCUUCGUUCGGGAAAAGGCGAUGUUGUCACGGGCAAGAUCAAGAAUGUCACCCAAAAUAGCAUUGAGCUAGAGUCCGGUGCUGCUCUGCAUCCAGACGUGAUUGUCACAGCCACGGGGCUGAAGCUGAAGUUUGGUGGAGGAAUUCAAUUUGCGCUGGAUGGCCAGCAAUUUGACGUGGGCGAGAAGUUUGCGUGGAAAGCAGCCAUGCUUCAAGACGUACCGAACCUCCUGUUCAUGACGGGUUAUGAGACGGCAUCUUGGACUUUAGGUGCUGACGUUAGUAUCCAGCUGUUCAUUCGGGUACUACGCCUGAUGGAGCAGAAAAAGGCCAAGGUCGCCAUACCAAAGCUGUCCAAGCUUGAUGGCAUGGAAGAAAAGCCUAUGAUGAACCUCUCGUCUACGUAUGUCAAGAUUGCGGGAAAGGUUCUGCCAAAAGGUGGUACAGGUCAGUGGAGUCCCAAGACCAAUUACUUUGCAGAUAUUGCUGGGGCCAAAUGGGGCGACGUCACCACGGAUUUGGUCUUUCUGUAG